ACCCUCUACCUUGAAACUCGUGAUCUUGUUCAAAAGCAUGCUAGUCGGCUAUCCACACCUAUCUUUUUCUUGCGGAGGAGCAACACGAUGGAUUUGUAGCUCGACUCGUAAACCGCGCCCACUAAUCGACUUAAAAGCUCCGGCAGGUCUGACACUUUGCCAAACCAGUCUUUAACAGCAGUCUGUUUGUGUCUGCACACAUUAGCUGGUCUGCUCUUGGAGCUAGAGGACAGACGAGGAAGGAGCCAUGGAUUUCAGACAGUUACUUCAGGAAGUCGAGCCUCACUAUGGGACAGCUGCAGUGGUUACAGGUGCAGCCUGCGGGGUGGGGGCUCUGAUACUUCUGCUGCAGAAGUUCAACAGCCACCAACAGACAAAGGAGAAGAUCCGGAGGGCGAGAGCACGGAGAGAUGACAGCCUACAGCGAGCUGAGCAGGCUGUGCUCCAGUACAAGGAGUCGCAUCCCUUGUAUGAUCCUGCUCACAUCUUGCCACUGUCCCUACCUGAGUUGACAAAGCAACUGCAGGAAGGCUCCCUAUACCCAGAGGAGGUGUUUUACUCUUACUUGGAAAAGACUCUAGAUGUGAAUAAGAAGCUGAACUGCUGCACUGAGAUCUUGUUGGAGAGUUUCGACCAGCUGAAAACUCUUUCCUCCAGCAAGAAAGGGCUUUUGUACGGAGUUCCAGUUAGCAUCAAAGAAAACAUUGCAUACAAGAAUCAUGACAACUCCUGCGGCGUGGUCAGUAAUUUGGAGAAGCCUGCUGAGAUGGACAGUGUGCUUGUUGAAUUUCUGAAGAGACAAGGAGCAAUUCCUUUUGUGAAAACCAACGUGCCCCAAAGCCUGUUAAGUAAAUGAUUAUCUAACACUUGUUAUGACUGCAGUAACCCCAUCUAUGAGACCUUAAACCCCCACAACCUCCAGAAGACCUGUGGAGGUUCAUCUGGUGGUGAGGGGGCUCUUAGGGGAGGAGGGUCUGUGCUGGGUUUUGGCAGCGAUAUAGGAGGUAGUAUCCGUAUUCCCUCCUCAUUCUGUGGGAUCUAUGGCUUUAAGCCAACAAUUGGACGGCUAAGCAUACAGGGUGUAGCACCUAUUUAUGGAGGGCAAAAAUCAGUGCUGGCAACCAUUGGACCCAUGUCUAGGGAUGUGGACAGUCUGGCUCUGUCUAUGCAAGCCCUGCUGAGUGAAGAUAUGUUUCACUUGGACCCCACUGUUCCACCCAUGCCUUUUAAUAUGCAGAUAUACCAGAGCUCCAAACCCCUCAGGAUUGGUUACCUUGAGAACGAUGGCUUUUGUCAACCAUCUCCGAGCAUGGCCCGAGCCGUCCGAGAGGUCAAAGCUCUAUUAGAGCAAGCAGGGCACACUCUGGUUCCCUACAGUCUUCUGAAGGUCAGACAGAGUUUCUAUGAACUGGUGAUGAGGGGUGUUGCAGCAGAUGGCGCUGCUGCCAUAGUUAAAAAACUGGAGGGGAGUCCUCUGGACCCCAGCAUCAGAACACAGGCGUACCCGUUAUAUUUUCCUACGUGGUUGAAAAAAGUCCUUUCAUUCCUCCUCAGCCACUGGUGAGCUCCUCGUUCCUCUGCUAUGCUAAAUGCUCUCUCUGGUGUUGGAUCCGUCUCAGAGCUGUGGGAGCAGCAUGAAGCUAUCGAGCACUACAUUGAAGAAACAAUAGCAGUGAGACGAUGCAACAUAGACGUGCUGCUGUACCCUAUGAUUGGACCAGCCUACAACUUCUAUUACUGCUGCAAGAACACUCAGAUUUGCAGUUACACGAUGCUCUUCAACCUCCUCAACUUCCCAGCAGGGGCUGUACCCGUCUCCACGGUGACUUCAGAUGAUGAGGAGGAGCUGAAGCACUAUAAGGGUUAUCAGGAUAUGUGGGACAAGAGUUUCAAAGAGGCUGUGACUGGAGCCGAGGGUCUGCCCGUGGCGGUGCAGUGUGUUGCCCUACCUUGGCAGGAUGAGCUCUGCCUGCGCUUCAUGAAGGAGGUGGAGGAACUGGUCAAACAGAGCAGGAAAUAAGGCCUGGAGGCCACAGGUGGGAUGCUCACAUCAGGGGCUUUAGGUUUAAUCUACCUUCAAUAAAGAUUACAAGUCCCUGAAACAAGCAAUAACGAAGGUGCUCCAUUAGAAGGAUAUUACUGCACUAAACACAAGACAACGAUAAAUUACAUCAAAACUAAAUUAAAUACAAGUCAAAUGAAAGUUAUUAAUAAUGGAUUUAAAAAGGUACUUGGACUUUUUUUUAUCUGAAAGGAUUAACUCAGGUUGUGUUGUGAUGCUCAGUGGUUUUUAUGGCCAUAAUUAAGAAUUAAUAACGGGUAUAGGUUAAAUAGUUUGAGAUUAUUUAAAAAACAUACUGAUAUGAACGGCUCACUCCUUGUGUUUUUCUGGUUUUCAUGAAUGUUUACUGUCCUUUUUAAAUUUUAACAAUUCAGUCAUCUGCAUAAUGCUUGAACUUUUUUUGCUACUAUUAAUCACUACACAAAAUAAGUGACACUUGUUUUGACGUUAGAAUAGAUAUGACGUAAAGUCUCAGAUUUGUUUUUUCACCGUUGGAAUUAUUUAAUAUUUCACAUGAUGCAGCAAUAAGAGAAUGAAUAUGCCUCAGAAGAAAUUCAAAUCACGCCAAGCAGCACUGCACCCACAGUCAAAAAUAUUUGAAAUGUACUGAAUUUAUAUUGUCUCCAUCAUAUUAAUGUCUUGAAAAUAACUGAUCAAGAUAAAACAAAUUAAAUGAUCACUCCA